AUGGCGGGAGAUUUGUGGCACGAUGUAUUGCAUUCGUGCUAUAUGGCUAGUGGAAAACCCACGUGCAUGAAGGCGACCGAAUGCCUAUCCUCGCCAAUUAAGAAGGCGGCUGGUAGGAGGCGGGGAGUUGCACAAAGCCCCAACGCUGAGAUCACCAAAAAAGUCUAUAAUAUCCGGAUCAUGUGUGACAAAGAAUUCGGGGACGUACCAAAAGAGUAUGUCGGAAUUAUAAUUCCGUGUACUGAUGAUUGUGCAAAUGGUUUUGGAGCGCAAAAUCCGAGAGGAAAGAUGAACGAACAUUGCCUUGACAAAUGGGGUUCGCACUCUCUAGAUAGUUCGUUGCAAAUUUUAGUCGCGAUGUGGGUGGUUACGACUGGUUACAUUGUGUCUCAAACCAACGCGAUUGAAUCAGUGCCGGAAUUAUGA